GCGUGGCAACCCGGCCUCGGUAUAUAAAAGGAGGGGACGGGAAGCCGGCUCCGGGCUUUUAUUCUGUUUGAUAUCGGCGAGUGUGCGGUAGGGGAAUACUGUUCCUUUUUUUUUAAGACGGAUUUCUUCGAUGGACACAGCCUUCGUAAAUGUUUUUUAAGAACGAACAAGUCAGAAGGGUGUAUAACGGCUACACAGAGAGCCCAGACCUUGCGUUGUAUCUUCGAGGGUUUAACUCUGUUGGAAAGCCGCCUUGGCUAGACCUAAGCUGAGUUGUACUUGUAAUUAGAUUCCAUCUCUUACUUGCCCAUUUUGUUGCAUAUUGUGAAUUCCCGCUUUGAAACUUCCCAUAACUCUCAAAAUGAAUGACUUCAGCAAUGGUGAAUUUGACUUUGCCUUCCUUGAAGAAGGAUUUAGUGCCAGAGACAUAUUGGAAAGCAAAAUAAAUGAAAGUUCUCAUUCCGAUGACAAAGAUGCUUUUUAUGUUGCGGACUUGGGUGACAUCGUCAAGAAACACAUACGGUGGCACAAAAUCCUUCCUCGUGUGACUCCUUUUUAUGCUGUCAAAUGCAAUGAUGCCAAAGCUGUGGUUAAAACACUUGCUACUUUGGGUGCUGGAUUUGAUUGUGCUAGUAAGACUGAAAUUCAGAUGGUACAGAGCCUUGAUGUUCCAGUUGAGAAAAUAAUCUAUGCUAAUCCUUGCAAACAAUUGUCUCAAAUCAAAUAUGCUGCAAUGCAUGGGGUGCAGAAGAUGACAUUUGAUAGUGAAGUGGAGCUGCUGAAAGUAGCAAGAGGUCAUCCAAGUGCAAAGCUGGUUCUGCGCAUUGCUACCGAUGAUUCCAAGGCCAUCUGCCGCCUGAGUGUUAAGUUUGGAGCAACACUUAAGACUAGUAGACUUCUCCUUGAACGUGCCAAAGAGCUGGAUAUUGACAUUAUUGGAGUAAGCUUUCAUGUGGGAAGUCGUUGUACAGACGCCCAAACAUAUGCCCAGGCUAUUGCAGAUGCUCGUUUUGUUUUUGAUAUGGGGGCAGAACAUGGUUUUAACAUGUACUUGCUCGACAUUGGUGGUGGUUUUCCUGGUUCCGAAGAUACCAGGCUCAAAUUUGAAGAGAUUGCAGCUGUUAUAAAUCCUGCACUGGAGAAGUACUUCCCCACUGAUUCUGGAGUUCAAGUCAUUGCUGAGCCUGGUCGGUUCUAUGCGGCAUCUGCUUACACACUUUCUGUGAAUAUCAUUGCUAAGAAGGUCAUGUUCAAUGAACAGAGUAGCUCUGAUGAUGAGGAUGAUGGUGAAUAUGACAGGACCCUCAUGUACUAUGUAAAUGAUGGUGUUUAUGGAUCAUUCAACUGCAUACUGUAUGAUCAUGCUGAUGUAAUGCCAGUUCUGGUCAAGAAACAAAAGCCUGAUGAGAGGCUGUACUUGACCAGUAUUUGGGGCCCAACUUGUGAUGGGCUUGAUCGUAUUGUAGAACGUUGUAGUAUGCCAGAGCUGCAGGUUGGAGACUGGAUGGUGUUUGAGAACAUGGGAGCUUACACUGUUGCUGCUGCUUCAACAUUCAAUGGAUUUCAAAGACCUCAGAUCUUUUAUGUUAUGUCAAGACCAGCCUGGCAAUUAAUGCAACAGAUCAAGGAAGAUGGCUUUCCAUCCCAAGUUGAGGAUCGUGCUGCUAAUAGUUUACUGGCAUCCUGUGCCUGGGAAAGUGGAAUGGAGCUUCUUUGUUCUUCAUGCUCCUCUUCAGCAAGAGUUAAUGUCUAAACUGUUAUAGAACUCCUUAACUGAUCAGUUGGCAAUCUUAGCUGAAUUAGGAGGUUUGGGUAAUAGUAAAUGGCUGCCUUUUGGGACCAGUAACUGAUGCUUGAGUGCUUGAAUUUUAAAAUAUUGUGGAUUAGUUAAUGUAUGCAACAAAAUGGUUGACUAGGAGAUGGGAUCACAUUCUAAAGUGUUCCUAUGGAAACUUGUUUACACUUUUAUAACUUUUUUGUAUUUUUAUUUGAGCUUGAAAUAAAAUAUAAAACUA